AGGGUAAAUAUACCAUGAAGUGAAAACAAUAAAAAAUAAUAAAAUUUAAUAAUAAAAAUACAGCUAAAUCAAAAAUAUUCACUAGGCAAAUUGUAAAAUAACUAGCUAGUGCUUAUAAGUUGCUAAAGAAAGUGGGGGAAAAAAAUAUUUUAUCUGAACUGCCUGUACUGUGAAAGGGAGUUUUGUGACUUUAAGACCUUCACCAUGAAGCGGCUGAGUGAAAUUACAGAAGAGUGAGCCACUGUGUUCACUGUUCACUGCCUGCCUGCUUUCCAAACGCCAUUUACAGUCUGCUACACCUAAUCUUCUACAAGAACAACACACUGAGAAUCCUGGCUCAGGACCACCUCACCUGCUUCAGGUGUAGCUGAUGUGGUUGUGUUCUGCAGCCUAACUCAUUCAGACAAGAUGAGGAAACCGGCCUGAUGUCCUCCAGAAAUCCCUGCUGCUCCUACAGACAAAACCACCAUUCCAAAACCUUACAGACCCACAGCUUACCACACACACCGAGCACUGAACCUGCAGGAGAAACACAUCCUGCAGCAGAGCAGAACACAGAGAAAGGAAAAACAGAAUGGAAGGAUAAACCUGCAGGUCAUUCUCAGACUGAUGGAGGAGCUGGUUUCUCUCCAUGCUCAGAAAGAGAAGCAGGAGAACGACCAAAACCUCCACCCAGGAGACGGCACUCCAGAGCUAAACACUGUCCCUCUGACAGCGCCUCUAGCAAAAGCUAUAAGCCCAGAGAUCAUCCAUGGAUGGAACUAAUCCAGCCUGGCCCCUGGGCCAAACUACCACCUGUUCCUCCCCCUGCUCUGCCCACUCACCCUGCUUCCAUCCCCUCCCUCAGCCAGCUGUGGCUUCGCCGCUGGUCCUCUCCUUUUAACCCCUUUGAGGAAAAAAAGGAGGAAGAUGAAGGCCUCAAAAAUGAUGGGAUGUCAUGGCGUAGUGCUAGUCAGCUAGCAGAUGCUGCUUCAGUUAAUGCUAAAAGUGCCACUGGAAUGGUUAAAUUUCCAGAGAUGUCAAGAUUAGACAGUGAUGGUGUUGUUGAUUCUCAAGUGUCUGGAUUAGGCAGCCUUAGUCUAAAUGAUUCAGAAGCUUCUAGAUUGGGUGAUGUUAGUGUUGCUGAUUCUGAACUACCUAAAUUAGGUGAAGAUGCUAGUUCUAAUGUUUGUGAAGUGUCUACAAAUAGAUAUCUGAGUACUAAAGAUGGAGGGAUAAGUUCUGGUAAUUCUGAAGACUCCAAGCCAGAUGAGGGUUUAACUGCUAAUUCAGAAGUGCUGUGCUUAGUUGCUGCUGCUGUAUCUUCUGAAGAUGUUUGUGCUGCAACCCAAACCAGUAGCUUACUUGAUUCCCAACUAGAACUUUGUACUCUGAAUGAAAGAAGUUCAUGUUUAGCAGACUCCCUCAGUGAGGCCAAACCCUGCUCUGCUCAGACUGAGUGCAGUGUGGCUGAUGUUAGCAGUGUAGCAGAGUUUAGCUGUGUGGCUAACGUAUCCCAGGCAUGCAGCUGCCCUACUGUUUCAGGUUUCCCUGAGAAUGCUAGUUUACCAAGUGUUCCUAAUUUAGCUCCAGAGACAUAUGACCCAGCAGAGGCUAAAUUAGAAUCAGCAGUUGUUUUACAACAGUCAGAAAUAGCAUCCAGUUCGCACUUAGCAGCCAGUGAAAGGCUAAAAACAAACCAAGCUCAACAACACAGCCUCCCUCAGUCUAGUCCUGAGUUAGCAUCUUCCAAUCACAAGCCUUGUGUCACUAAUAGUCCCACCUCAUCACAUCUCCUAGCCAAUCGAGUGAAAGCAAGCUGUCUACUGCCACAGACAUCCUCUUGUGAGGAAAGAAGUUCAUCUUCAUCAUCAUCAUCAUCAUUACAACCACCACCACCUACUGAAACAAAGCAGAAGAGUUGUAAAGAAAACCCUUUCAACCUUAAAGCGCCGCCAGUGGACUCUUUCAGUCACAGAUGUACUACAGCUCCCAGCAGCACCCAAACUAGUGCCCCAGGCCAUGGCUUCCCACUCAUUAGAAGGAAGGUUCAGGCAGACGGUUAUAUGCUUGAAGAGGAGCUGCAGAGGCAGCAGGGGGUGCUGGAGGACAGACUGCAGGAGCUGGAGAGGCAAGGACAGGAGCUGGAGAAGAAGAUUCACAAGUGCGCACCAGGUAAGCAGGAGGAGGAGCUGUUGGUGGAUUGGUUCACCCUCAUACACGAGAAACACACGCUGGUGCGUAGAGAUGCUGAACUAGUACAUAUUUUGAAGCAGCAGGAGUUGGAGCAGAAGCAGGCAGAUGUGGAGUUCCAACUCAGAAGCCUCCUCAACAAACCAGAGCGAGAGUGGACUCGGGAUGAUGAGAUCAGUGAGCAGAAGCUGACCUUUGAGCUUGUGGCCAUCAUUGAGCAGCGUGAUGACAUCAUCAGCAGCCAGGAGAAAGACAGACAGAGGAGAAGGAUGAUUUGCUGGAUGCUGUGAUCAAAAAGAGAGACUUCUACAGACACGUCAAACCCCAGCUGUUGAGUUUUGGGGGUAACCUGAAGCCCCUACGAGCGCUGAAGAUGUUGAAGGCGCUGAAAGCUCGAGGCUCUAACAGGAAGGAGAAAAGGAGCAGCUCCAUCAGCCUGAGCUGAGCACUGAACUGUUACUGAGCAAUAAUGACGUGGAGAUCUGUGGAAAUGUGGAGAAAUUAGUCUGAAAUCUGCACUGUGGAAAAGACUAUGAUUUUCUGUCAGUAAGACAAAGAAUUUGAAUAAAAACACUGCAGGUCACCUUUAGUGUAAAUUACAGUAUCUCUCUGAAGCUGAGUUCAGAGGAAUCAUACAGUGGUCCUAUGUUUACAAAUUAAAGUCACCAUUCACAUCAAAGCAUGCAUUUGGUAAUAAUAAAAGGAUUUCUCCUUAA